AUGAUUUUCGUCACGAUCUGCGCCCUGUUAUUUGGGGUCGCCGCGGAACAGAGCUUCAUGAAAUGGUUCGGCCUCGAGCAGGGUCAGACCGGCCCCGCUGCCCGUUUUCCCCCACUAAAGCAGGACGUCAAUUUCGCGAACCGCGAGAUCCGUCGCUACAACAGCAGUGCGGACGGGGAAGAGCAGCUCUCAAAAGUAUCCCAAUUUUUCCAGCUCAACGAGGUGGCCCGUUUCGACAAGGACGAUUCGUACUAUUGCUACGUUUGCGUGGACCAGCAGGGAUUGAGGUUUUCGCCUAUCACUCUAGCCGGGCAAGUUCAGAAUCAGAUGCGGGUUCCGUCGCCACCUGGGUGUAGCACGGAGAAAUAUGGCUACGAAUAUCUUUGCCAAGGCCCCUGCAUCCUCGCCACUUACUACCAAAAUGGCCAAUUCUUGGGCGAACUCCGCGAUUGUGCCACUAGCGCCGCCUUCAAAGAGAUACCCGAGCAAGAUCUGCGCCUAUAUCCCAGCCCACCGACGCGAGUCAUCGAUCUUGGGAGCAGCAUCAAGGUGCACGCGUCGAUUUGCCGCGGGAAUUACUGCAACGGCGCCGAGGGAGCCCCGCAAAGUUUGCAAGCGAGUGCAGCGGCCGUCGAUACGCAUCCACGGGACUUAAAGGCCGAGAAGAAGCUGCGCCACCGUCGAGCCCAUCACUACGUUUACUAC